GCACUCCGCCUCGCACCCUCACGACUCAGCGCCUCACUCUCCCCGUCUUCGCUCGCCACCCUCCCAUCCAUCCAUCCAUCCAUCCAUCCUUCCAUCCCCGCUGGGCUCCCUGUCCCUCAACAUAGGGUCCUUCCAAUCUCCAGCCUGCCAGCAGCCUUCCAACUCUACUCAGUCUCCGCGCAUUCCACACGCCCCCGCGCCCACACCCCCAAUCCCUAACCCUAGCACACGCGCGCACUCGCACACUCAGACACGCACGUUUCCUGUCCCGGUGUGACACCCACCCUCAGCGCCCGACCGCGCACUGCCCUCCUCCCGCCACACUCGGCACGCACGCGCGCACCGGGCCGAGCCCGAAGGCAGCUCGCGCAGAGCCCGCACUUCGCCCAUUGGCGUCAAGCUCGCAGAGCCCAUGGCAUCUCCAGGCUCCGGCUUUUGGUCUUUUGGGUCCGAAGAUGGCUCUGGGGAUCCUGAGAACCAAGGCACAGCGAGAGCCUGGUGCCAGGUGGCCCAAAAGUUCACUGGCGGCAUCGGAAACAAGCUGUGCGCCUUGCUCUAUGGAGAUGCGGAGAAGCCAGCAGAGAGCAGCGGGAAGGCGCCUCCGCGGACUGCCACUGGGAAGGUCACCUGCACCUGUGACCAGAAGCCCUGUAGCUGCCCCAAAGCGGAUGUCAACUAUGCGUUUCUGAACGCAACAGACCUGCUACCAGCGUGUGAUGGAGAAAGACCCACUUUAGCUUUUCUCCAGGCUGUUAUGGAUAUUUUGCUCCAGUAUGUGGUGAAAAGUUUCGAUAGAUCAACCAAAGUGAUUGAUUUCCAUUAUCCUAAUGAGCUUCUUCAAGAGUAUAACUGGGAGUUGGCAGACCAACCACAAAAUCUGGAGGAAAUUCUGACGCAUUGCCAAACAGCUCUAAAAUACGCAAUUAAAACAGGACAUCCCAGAUAUUUUAAUCAACUUUCUACUGGAUUGGAUAUGGUUGGACUAGCAGCAGACUGGCUCACAUCAACAGCAAAUACUAACAUGUUCACCUAUGAGAUUGCUCCAGUGUUUGUGCUUCUGGAGUAUGUCACACUAAAGAAAAUGAGAGAAAUCAUUGGCUGGCCAGGGGGCUCUGGUGAUGGAAUAUUUUCUCCUGGUGGCGCCAUAUCCAACAUGUAUGCCAUGCUCAUUGCGCGCUACAAGAUGUUUCCAGAAGUCAAGGAGAAGGGAAUGGCUGCAGUUCCCAGGCUCAUCGCCUUCACGUCGGAGCAUAGUCAUUUUUCUCUCAAGAAGGGAGCUGCAGCCUUAGGGAUUGGAACAGACAGCGUGAUUCUAAUUAAAUGUGAUGAGAGAGGGAAAAUGAUCCCAUCUGAUCUUGAAAGAAGAAUCAUUGAAGUCAAACAGAAAGGAUUUGUUCCUUUCCUUGUGAGCGCCACAGCUGGAACCACUGUGUAUGGAGCAUUUGAUCCCCUCUUGGCUGUUGCUGACAUUUGCAAAAAGUAUAAGAUCUGGAUGCAUGUGGAUGCAGCUUGGGGUGGAGGAUUACUGAUGUCCCGGAAACACAAGUGGAAGCUGAGUGGCGUGGAGAGGGCCAACUCUGUGACAUGGAAUCCACACAAGAUGAUGGGUGUCCCCUUGCAGUGCUCUGCUCUCCUGGUUAGAGAAGAGGGGCUGAUGCAGAGUUGCAACCAGAUGCAUGCUUCCUACCUCUUCCAGCAAGACAAGCAGUAUGACCUGUCCUAUGACACUGGGGACAAGGCCUUACAGUGUGGACGCCAUGUUGAUGUUUUCAAAUUGUGGCUGAUGUGGAGGGCAAAGGGGACUACUGGGUUUGAGGCACAUAUUGAUAAGUGCUUGGAGCUGGCGGAGUAUUUAUACAAUAUCAUAAAAAACCGAGAGGGAUAUGAAAUGGUGUUUGAUGGGAAGCCUCAGCAUACAAAUGUCUGCUUCUGGUAUGUACCUCCCAGUUUGCGCAUUGUGGAAGACAAUGAAGAGAGAAUGAGUCGCCUCUCAAAGGUGGCACCAGUGAUCAAAGCCAGAAUGAUGGAGUAUGGGACCACAAUGGUCAGCUACCAACCCUUGGGUGACAAAGUCAACUUCUUCCGCAUGGUCAUCUCAAACCCUGCAGCAACUCACCAAGAUAUUGACUUCCUGAUUGAAGAAAUAGAACGCCUUGGACAAGAUUUAUAAUGACCUAGCUCAUUAAGCUAUUUCAGUUCUCUAGGUAGACAAUUAAGUUGUCACAAACUGUGUAAAUGUAUUUGUAGUUUGUUCCAAAGUAAAUCAAUUUCUAUUUUGUGGUGUCAACGUAGAAUACAGUUUAAAAUCAAAAAAAAAAAAUCGUUCCUUUUAAAAAUCAUUUCUCAAGUUUAGAAUACCUCUCUAAUAAUUAGUGAUGAAAGGCUAUCUUCUAAUCAGUAAGGAAAAGCUUAAAACUGUUAUAAAUAUUUCCCUUGUUUUAGUAGAGUGUGCAAAUCUAGCUUUACUUUCACUUCAAAGCAAUAGGAUUGAAUAGCGUCAAAUUGCCCCUGAAUCAUAAAAGGUUCUCUGGGGUACAGCGAAAAGGAUAAAGAAAAUAUAAAAUGAAUGCUGACUAUUAAAAACUCUUGCCUUUUUCGUAGUAUUAGAAAAAAUUUCUAAUUUACCUAUAGCAACAUUUCAAAUGUAUUUAAAUACAUAUAAUUUUACAAAAGGAAAAAAUAUAUAUUAAAAGAAAUCCUAUUUUGUAACAUAUGGAUUUUUAUUUUAUAUGGGUUAUACAAACUGCAGGGGCAGAUAUAAAACCUAAGCCAGAUUUAUUUUUUCUCUUUCUUUUAAUGGAGGUAUAGUAAAACACAUAGCAAGGAAAUUUUCACACAUAGGCCCACAAAAUUCUUUAAAGGUAUGGUUACUUCCUUCAGGAUAUGUUAUGGUUUGUCACAUCUCUGGAGACAGAAUUUCAAAACAAAUACACAAAAAUACUUCCAAAAAUGAUUGAUCAUUUCAACAAUUGAGAUUAUCUUCGCAUUUAAGUUUUCUACCCAGUUUGCCCUCAGCAGUCACAUACUCUGAGUACGGCAAGCCAAGCUUCAUUAUAGGUGAAACUUUGGUCAGCCUAUGUAUUCUGCUUUCCCAUUCAACUUGUUUCCAGCACAAGGUUCAUAUUGGUGCUUGAAGCAUCUUCCUAAACCAUAUUCUGUUACUAGGUCAUUUAUAUUAAUGAGAAAAAAUAAAAAUAAAACCCAAUCAUCCCAAAGAAGGAAAAAGUACAUUCCCAAAGUGUGAGCCCAGAAGAGUCAAUGCAGCCACAGAAAAAGAUCUCUGUGUGACAAUAAUGACCUCACCCUGGAUGUCGCAUUGCUUCUGUCCAGGGAGUCGUUUGCCUCCUGGAUAAUUGCUUGUUCCCAUUCCUUCCCCAUCCCACAUGCACCAGCCCUCCUGCUAGGCUCCCUAUCACUAGAUCCUGAAGAAUGAAUUCAUUUCCCUUUCCUGAAAUGAGUUCCUCGCCCUGGCAGAUGUUGAGGUCCCCUAAGAACUUCUUGUUGUCAGCCUCCCAUUGAGAUCCAACCUGACCAGAGUGUGCAGAUGAUUAAAAUUCAAAAUAAUGUUUUCUCCCUGCAAACCUGAUAGAGAGAUAGGAGUUUCCCAUUGAUCCUGUAAAUCUUCAUGGAAUCUCAAGAAGCACAGGUAGGGAAACUACAGCCUCCCACAUCUGCUAGCGCAUAUCUGGGAAGAUCUGUAUGAGUGGGCAUUGCGCCACUGCCGAGAGUCCUGUCCUUUAACAGACUGAAGUGCCCAUGAUGUAGCCAUCUGAAUUCUUCGUGAGUUUGCCCCCUGCCUUAUUUCUAUGGGCUAUGUACAAGCAUACUGAUCCUUGGUAUGAGCACACCUUUGGGCCCUUGCUUUCCAAGGCAGCGAAUAGAGAACUGAAUGAAGGAAUAACUUCCCAUUUGGGGCAUUUUCCUAGUGGGUAACAUAACUUUUCCUUUCUAGAAAUUGCCUGCUAAGAAUAAGCGUGUAGAUGUCCAUCUGUCUUGAUCCUGAGGUCCAAGGCCCCAAUUCAGAGCCCGAGACACCAAUCUAUCAAACCUACUGUCCAACCUAGAGAAGGAAGUGGGGACUAAUGUCCUGACUGACAGGAUGCUUAGCACUUAGGGGACAGACUUGAUAGCAGAAGGUAGUUUUUAGUUUGAUGAGAUGACAGAAUUUAAAAGAGAAAAUUUGUGCCUAUGCAUGAAUUUUCAGCAAAGUAAUUUUUACCAAUAAAUUAAAUCUCCCACAUGGGUCCUUCUUCAAAGUUGCUGGUAGCAUUAUUCAGACCUAUGCACAGAAAUUUCUUCUCAUCAUAGCCCAGAGGAGGCAGCAAGUGCAAGCCUGACAGGUCACAGUAGUUUGAUAAAUGCUCUUUAAAGUAGAUCUAUCAUCCACUCAAGAGGGAGGAAAGAAGAAAAGGAGGCACGAAGGGAGAUUGUUUUGAACAUUGGUCUAAAUUCCCAGUGCCAUAGAUCUUUAUGUAUGACCAUUCUUUAUAAAUUUGUGAUGCAUUGGUUUUAGCUUUAAGCAGAAUUGACAUGGCCAUUUUAGUUUAUACAAUAUUGUGUUUAUUAUUAAAAAUACUUGAAAUGCAGUAUAUGUUUAUCUGAGACUUCUAAGUGGUAUGGUCUUUAUGUACACUCACAGGAUAUGAUAAAAGACAUCACUUGUGUGUAUGACUGUGUUGCCUUUCUUAUAUUGAUAGUACUGUCUUGUCGCCUCAGAUUGGGGUCGUGCACUUUAUAUCUGAAUUGUACAGUGUUGCAAAUCAACAUGUAUUGCUGUAAAAGCUUGCACAAUAUAUUAUUGGUAUGUCUUCUAUGUGGUAACUCUAUUGAACUUUGAACUUUGAUAUUAUAAGAACCAUAUUUACAUCUGUUCCUCUCCCCUUCCUUCCUUGCGUCUCCUUUCUCCUCUCCUUUCCUCUCCUCUCCUCUUACCAUCGCCUCUCCAGUUCUCCCCCUCUCUCUUAUCCCUUAUCCCCAAGCUGUGUGCCCUCCACAUCAGCUCUAUGAGAGACCAUCCCUCGGCCAAGCACUGUCCUAAGAUUUCUCUUUGAGAAUUGUGUGAUUUCACACACACACACACACACACACACACAGGUGAACACUGUUUCAUCCCUGAGACUAGGAGAAACCAAUUAUGGGGAGUUACAAACUGCCAAUAUUGUAGGCAUUAACCCUGCUGGGAGGAAGCAGGCACAGCUCCUCAGCACCUGGACAAAGGCAGCACAGGUGUAAAUAUCACAGCAAGACCAAGAACCCAGGGACCUCAACGUGGCCACCAUCUUGCACGUGCUCCUCUUUUUUCAAGUGCUCAAUGCAAACACUGUGUAUUUACUAGUCACGUGUGCCAAAAUACUGUUCCCAAAUGGUGUCAACAUUUCCCCAGCAUCACUCCAUUACUAAAGACAGAAAAAAAAAAUUAAAACGUAAAAUAUACAAAUGUGUGGCAAUCAGUUCUUAACAAAUGUAACUUGUGUAUGAUCAAAGUAUUUUAUCUGUGUUGUCUCUCUAAACCCAAAUAAAUGUGUAAAUGUGGA